GCCACUGCCGAAGCCGCCGCUCUGCGCCUCCAUGCUGCACUCCAACGCUCUCCUCCACUCAUCGUCCUCUCACACCCCAAUCAACAAAGAGACGAGCCAGUUCCCCGCGGCCAAUCGGCACGCCGUUGCCCCUAGCAACUCCGUCCAUCAUCCCGGCGCGGCCAAUGAGCGCGCAGGGCGGAGCGGAGCGGGGAUGCAGGUGAGCCUCGGCGUCCACUCGGCAGAGCGCCUGGGAGGGGAGCCGCCUGUAGGCAGCAGCAGAAGCAGCAGCAGAAGCAGCAGAGGAUGCGUGCGUCAAAUGCGAGCUGGUUCUAAUGCGAGCGUCAUGGCGACCGCAGCGUCCAACCACUACAGCAUCCUCACCUCCAGCGCAUCCAUCGUGCACUCGGAGCCCGGCAACAUGCAGCAGCAAGCGGCGGCGUACCGGGACGCGCAGAGCCUGUUGCAGAGCGACUACCAGCUGCAGAGCAACAGCCACGCGCUGAGCCACGCGCACCAGUGGAUUACCGCGCUGUCCCACGGCGAGGCGGCGCCGUGGUCCUCGGAGCAGGACAUCAAACCCGCCGUCCAGAGCGCCCGGGACGACAUGCACACCUCCGGCGGCAACCUGCAGCACCAGUCGCGGCCGCCGUCGCACCUGCAGGUGCACCAGAACCACCACGACGCGCGGGCGUGGAGGACCGCCACCGCGGCGGCGGCGGUGAUCCCCGGCAUGGCGACCGGCAACGGCCAAAGCUUGCUGUACUCCCAGCCGAGCUUCGGCGUCAACGGGCUGAUCCCGGGCCCGCACCACCACAACCUCAGAGACCCCCACGAGGACCACCACAGUCCGCACCUGAGCGAGCACAGCCAUCCGCCGUCCCAGCAGCACCAGCACGGCCCCAACCACCACGACCACUCGGACGAGGACGCGCCGACCUCGGACGACUUGGAGCAGUUCGCCAAGCAGUUCAAGCAGAGGAGGAUCAAGCUGGGCUUCACGCAGGCGGACGUGGGGCUCGCCCUGGGGACCUUGUACGGGAAUGUCUUCUCCCAGACCACCAUUUGCAGGUUUGAGGCCCUGCAGCUCAGCUUCAAAAACAUGUGCAAGCUCAAGCCUCUGUUGAACAAGUGGCUGGAGGAGGCCGACUCCACCUCGGGCAGCCCCACCAGUCUGGACAAAAUCGCCGCACAGGGCAGGAAAAGGAAAAAACGGACUUCCAUCGAGGUCGGAGUCAAGGGGGCUUUGGAGAGCCAUUUUUUGAAGUGCCCCAAACCCGCGGCCUCGGAAAUAAUGUCACUGGCGGACAGUCUGCACUUGGAGAAAGAAGUGGUCAGGGUUUGGUUUUGUAACAGGAGACAGAAGGAGAAGCGCAUGACGCCUCCCGGAGGAGCUCUGCCGGGGAGCGAGGACGUGUACGGGGACACGCCGCCCCACCACGGGGUCCAGACCCCGGUUCAAUGAGACCUCCCGCCCGCCCGCCUCGCUCGCUCGCUCGCUCGCUCGCUUGGAGCGCUCCGACUGCAGGACUUCCCCGAGAUUUUGAUUUAUCCCCGGACUGGACUAUGAGACCAGAACGGGUGUUUUCUGUAGAACGAAUAGCAGUGAGUACUUACAUAUCUGCAGUGAGAACGAGAGUGUGUGUGGGGGGGGGGGGCCACACACACACAGGACGACCCCGUCUCAUCUCUCCCCCAAGAGCUCAAGGCGCAUCGACGUGUUUUCUUCUCUUCUGUUCUGUUUGAGGAUACCAGCCGAGCACUGUGAGUCCACUGGGCGCAGUUUCAAGGUGUAGCCCCCUCCCCCAUUUUUUGUCGAAAGGAGUUAGAACAACAUCCAGGGAGGACAAGAAACAAGGAUGCUGUUGUUUUCAACGCGAAACGUACGCAGAAUAGCUUGGGCCACAACAACACAUCACGAUUUCAAACAAACAAACAAAAACAGGAAAGUUUUUUUUUUUUAAACAACAACAACAACAACAAAAAACAAACGAAGGGGUUUUAGUUGUGUGGCUCCUGCACGCAGCAGAGAUGCUCGCUGCUCGAUUGGAUGCUGCGGGCCGCCAAAGAGUCGAGCUCGGAGUGAGCGUCUGUCAGCUUUGCAUUCAUUUCGACCGCUCGGCGACUCCUGUUUGUUAAGUAAGAUGAGAUGUCACGUCAGGAUUUCAUCAUCCGACACAAAACACCCAUCGAUGUUCUCGUGAAGAUAUUGACGAUGAUAUUUGCGUGCGUGGCUCACAGACUCAAGCCGGCCGUGGCUGUGACGUGUUUAUCUCCAAAGUCCUAUGAUGAAUCAAAACACCCCCCCCCCCCCCCCAACACCACCACCACCACCACCCUACCCCCCUCGCCUUUAUUCUCCUUUAUCCUCCAAGAACGAUUGGUUGCAUCAUGCGCAGGUCAGGACGGGCUCUUGAUUUCCACUAUAAUCACAUCUGUAAAUAUUGUACGUACUUUAAAUGUCAUGGUUCCAUCGUUCUUUUUCCACUGGGGCACUUUUUGAAUUAAUAUUCCCGAGAAAAGAAAAAAAAGACUUUUUAAAAUCCAGUUUCCUUCAUAAUCUA